AUGGACGAGAAAUCUGACCUCCCGCCCUAUGCUGCGGCGGCCAGCAGCUUCACCCCGCUGCCCGCCCCGGGUACCACAAGCACAAGCACGCGACGUCUCGCCGGCGGCCGCCUCCGUCGCUCCCGCGCCAUCAAGUUCGUCGCCCUUGCCUGCAUGGUCCUUCUCGUGCUUUCGCAGUGGAAGCAGUCGUGGUACGCUGAGCGUGCCGCGACCAGACUCUCUGAAGCGCGCCUGCUCGCCGACCUAGCCUCCUGCAGGAAGCUGCAGGCGAAGCCGCAGGACCCCAUCGGGCUCGGACGUGAGCGCAACGCCCGCUACGUCGACGGCGGCAGGCCCACGCUCAUCAAGAAUGCCACCAUCUGGAUUGGCGAGCCCGUACACGGCACCAGCGAGGCUGACGCGCGCGCCGGCAAGGGCUGGCAGUGGAUCUCGGGCGACGUCUAUCUCGAGCACGGCUUAGUUCGCCGCGUCGAGUCCGCCAUCACCGUGGGCUCUGUCGCCACCAACACACUCGUCGUCGACGCCCGCGGCCGUCUGCUCACAGCCGGCAUCAUCGACAUGCACAGCCACGCCGGUGUCGGGCCACUGCCCGGUCUCGACGGCGACGAGGACACCAACGAAAUGUCCGACGACGUCACCCCCUGGGCGCGCUCCAUCGACGGCCUCCACCCGGACGACGUCCAGAUUCAAGUCAUCAAGUCCGGCGGCGUCACCACCUCUCUCAUCCUGCCCGGCUCUGGCAACAACAUUGGCGGCGAGGCCUUCGUCGUCAAGCACGCCGUCGGCCCCAAGGACGGCCGCCCCGAAACCUCCGCCGCAGACAUGCUCGCCGACCCGGACCGCACCUGGCGCUACAUGAAGAUGGCAUGUGGCGAGAACGCCAAGCGCGUGCACGGGGGUAUUGACAGGUCCCCUUACAGCCGCAUGGGCGAGUCGUACCGCUUCCGCCGCGCCUUCGAGACGGCCGGCGCCCUCGUCACCAAGCAGGACGACUGGUGCCGCAAGGCCGAGGCAAUUGGCGCCGAGAACAUGGACGAAUACCUCCCGCAAGAUCUGAAAUGGGAGUCGCUUUCAGCCGUCCUCCGCGGUCAGGUCCACGUCAACACGCACUGCUACAAGAUUGCCGACCUCGAGGCCAUGGUCGACCAUAGUAACGAGUUCCAGUUUCCCAUCCGUGCUUUUCACCACGCACACCAGACCUAUCUUGUCCCCGAGAUCCUCAAGCGCACGUGGGGUGGCCGCGCUCCCGCCUCCGCUCUCUUUGCCGACAACAUGUACUACAAGGCCGAGGCCUACGUCGGCUCCGAGCACGCCGGCAAGUACCUCUACGACCAAGGCCUGACACCCGUCUACGUUUCGGACAACCCGGUGCUCAACGCGCAGCAUGUGCUGUUCGAGGCCGCCAAGGCGUAUCACUGGGGCCUGCCCUACCAUGCGGCUCUCGCGAGCGUCACCUCAGCACCCGCCGAGCUGCUCGGCCUCGGCCGCCGCCUCGGAAAGGUCAAGCCCGGCUUCGACGCCGACAUUGCCCUCUGGGACUCGGACCCGCUGAGCGUUGGCGCCGCCCCCGUACAGGUUUGGAUCGACGGCGUCGCGCAGUUCUCCAAGCCCGUUGAGCUGGAAAAGGACAACCAGGGCCCCAUGCAGCCGGACUCGCGUCUCGCCGACAUCCCGCCCGAGGAGCCCGUUGUUGUGGAGACGGCACUCUUCACCGGCAUCACCAAGGUGCUCCUUGACCUGCCCUCGCCGCACGAUGCCGCGCUUGCCGCCGCCGAAGCUGCUGGUGUGCCGUUCAACGUCGCCGUCCGCGACGGCAAGAUCUCCUGCGUCGGCGAGUGCGCAGCCGCCACCGAGGGCGCCAACGCCACCGUCGUCUCGCUGCGCAAUGGUCACCUCCACAAGGCUUUCACCACGUUUGGCAACCUCGGACUCGUCGAGAUCGCCGCUGAGGACUCGACCAACAACGGAGUCACCUCGGCCUUUACGCGCGCCGUCGACGGCCUGCAGCUCGGCGGCAAAGUGCUUGGCGUCGCGGGCCGGUACGGCGUCACGCGAGCCAUCUCGCCGCCCCUGAGCACCAGCGGUCCCUUUGGCGUCAGCGCGGCCUUCAUCACGACCGCCGAGACGAGCAUCGAAAGCGGCGCCGUGUUUGCAAGCGACGCCGCGGUGCACUACAGCCUCGACCUCGGCGCCAAGUCGUCCGGUCACAGCUACGCAGAGGUCUUUGGCGAGCUGCGCCGCAAGCUCCUCGCCGCCGCCGCGCCCAAGGACAGCGACGGCAGCAGCGGCAACGCUACGGACCCCUAUGCAGAGUCCGAAUACUUGCGGCGCGUCGUCGCCGGCGACAUAGUGCUCGCGGUGACCGUGUCCUCUGCCGACGGCAUCGCCGCCCUGCUGCGCGUCAAGUCCGACAUCGAGGCUGCCACCUCCACGCCGCUCCGCGUCGCCGUCAUCGGCGGCGCCGAGUCUCACCUCCUCGCGAAGGAGCUCGCCGCCGCCUCGGUCGGGGUGGUGCUCGCGCCGCUGCAGCAGCUAGGCGCGUCGUGGGACACGCGACGCGCGCUGGUCGGCGCGCCGCUGGACGCCGGCACCGUGGUGGACGUGCUGGCCGCCGCGGGCGUGGUGGUCGCCGUCGGGCUCGCGGAGGAGUGGCGCGUGCGGGACGUCGCGUUCGAGGCCGGCGCGGCGUGGCGCAACGGCGGCGGCAAGAUUUCGCGGCGCGAAGCGCUCGACAUAGUCUCGACCAACGCGUACCGCGUGCUGGGGCUCGAGGAGCCGGAGGAGCAUCGCGGCGCGCACUGGGUGGUGUCCGAAGGGGAUCCGCUGGACAUUGGCGCGCGGAUCAAGGCGGUCGGCGCGGGACGCGGCACGGUCUCUAUUUAUUAG